AUGCAAUCCAGAGUGAAGAUGCAACCCGAAUCUGACUCUAAUUGGAUGGUUCCCAUCGAAGUGAUGCUGGGUUCCCUCAACCACGCAGAAGUGCAAGCGUGCAGCAUUUCAAUAGUUGCAGACGAGCUUCGAGCCCCCAAGGAGGACGCUUUCAAGCCGAAGGUGGUUUCAAUAGGACCCUUGCACAGAGGAACCACAAGACACAUCCAAUUAACGGAAGAGACCAAAUGGCGUUACAUGCGCGAGUUCCUCGACCGUAAAGGAAACCAAGAACAAAACAGAAGAUCAGAGUUAAGGUUGAAAGAUUGCGGCACGGAAAUUCUAAAUUUGUGUAAAAUAAUCAACGCAAGCUAUGGGGGUAACAUCGAAUCAGAACCCCACGAAUUGGCCAAAAUAAUGAUAGUCGAUGGCUGCUUUCUGUUAGAGUUUCUCCACAGACUUGGCGAUUAUAUGAUAAAAUUGGCGGAGGGCCAGAGAGAAAGUUAUUCUGACGACCCAAUUUUCCAAGGCCACAAAAAUGUGUUAUCUGUUCUCAACGAUAUCACAAUGCUUGAGAACCAAAUACCCUUAAUUGUUCUCAAGAAAUUAUAUAGGAAGGUCUUCCCAGACAAGAGUGACAUCAACAACGAUCACCGUGUUGCUAAUAUUGUGCGUGAAGCCUUCGGUUAUCCUGCGACGGAGAGCUCCGGAGGGGCUCAUAUCCUUAACUUGAUCCACUUGACCACAGUUCAACAAGAUAAGGAUUCGAGAAAAGGGGCGAAGCAAGAGCUAGAGCGUUGUGCAACGAGGCUUCGAGCCGCGGGAAUAACCAUCGAAGCAAUAGCAACUUCGCAGCGUGAGUUAGUCGACAGGUUCACCUUCGACAUAACUUUCAAGGAUGGUGUGUUGAAAAUCCCAGCGCUUUAUGUUAAGCAAACGACGGAAGUUAAGUGGAGGAAUUUGAUUGCGUGGGAGCAGAGUAAAAUUAGUAUCAGGUGUACAUACACAUCGUAUGCUCUGUUUUUCAAGGGUUUGAUAUGUUGUAAGCAUGACAUUGAGUUGCUUGAGGAGAUGGGGGUUAUAGUCAACGAAUCAAAGAAGAAAACGGAGGUUUUGUUGAAACUGUUUCGCACGAUUUCCAAGGGAGCUGAGCAUAUGGAUUCGAGUUAUAGCAAGCUUUGUGCAGAUCUGAAUGAGUAUCAGAGGGGGAAGGUGACAACAGUGUUGCAAGCAAUGCCUAUAAUAACUUGGCAUAACUGCAGACACGUUUGUCAGAUCAUUUGGUUCUAUUGGAGAAACUGGUACAAAAUUUUGAUAACAGAUCAUAUACCUACGGUGUGGAAAUUCAUUGGAGUAGUGGCAGCUAUUGCGCUUCUUGUUCUCACUAUUAUGCAGACAUAUUACUCGUCCCGCAGUGCUGGCUAA